GGGAGUACGUAUUAAUUCUCAAAAUUAUUGGCUUUAUUAACAAAGAACAAUAAAUAGUUUGGGUGAGAAGUUGAAUUAGAUGAAAGAUACUGGGAUGAAACUGAAAAUAGAUCGCAAAGUAAGACGAGGAAUUGAAGAUGACCCCUUUCUUCCUCGUUGUAAUUCCCCAAGCCUUUGUUUUUACCUCUACUAAAAAAAUUACUGUAGUUCUAUCACACAAAAUUACAAAUUCUAAUAGUGUAGCAAACAGCGGCACAGCCGUAAACAUUGGCGCCUCAACCGCUCUCCGGCCAGGCCCAUCACCGUUGGCUUAUCCGCUGUUUUUAAAUUCCGACCAGUCUCCUUGGAGCACUUUGCCACUAUCUGGUUGUUUUUGAGCAGCAAGCACCAGCUCCACACGACUCCUUGACUGAGCUCGUCUCCGCUAUCUCUCUCGGGCUCUAAUUUCAAUCAUAAUUUGCGGAAAUAAGCCACGAAAUCACAGGAGUAAUAGCAGCAAUAGAAUGUCGGAAAAUUCAGAUUCUUCGGAUCAGCCGCAACCGUUGAUUGAGGGUGAUCCAAAAACCAACCUACCUCGCACUUUCAAGUAUUUGUUAGCUACGCAAUUUUUGUCUAGGGGAAUACCGUUUAUUUUCAAUUCAUGGAUCGUUCGCCACCUUACCGAAGAAGACUACGCGAGUGGGUGUUAAAGACUGCUGUUAGGGAGGAUUCUUUCUCUUUUUAUUGCUGUUAACUUUUUCUACUUGGGAGAGCAAAAAAUGCUAAAAAUGUAACUUUGGAACCACUGACAGUGUGUCUAUCCAUAACACUUCUGAAGGAAUGAAGGAACUCGUAAUGAAGCGCAAUGAAAAGAGAUAUUUGGCCUUAGGUUCUUUCUUUUUUUUUUCACAUUUUAGUUUCUCUGAGCUUAUGAUGGUGAUUGAUGCAAUCUGGGAGUUUCGUUCAGCCUGUUAUCAAAAAUUUAUGAUGAUGUGUACUCCAGUGCUUGUAAUUUGUCAGGUGGUAACACUUUAUAUACACUGUCAAUUAGAAGAAGUUUAUUCUAAUUUUUCUAUCAAUGUCCUACUCGAAAACUUGUUCCUUUAGAUAUAUGUCAAGUGACUCAGUGUUUCUUGUUUUUUUUUGUUCUAUUUAUUUUUUAGUUGUCAAUUGACAUUCCUCUAUGAAUGAUGUUAAACAUAACCUUUCUAAUAUUUUUCAGAUUUAUGCUGUACAAUUCCAACUGUUUGUCACCUGCAUAUUGUUCCUCAGUCGAGAGGGUUUUCGCCGUGCAUGCUUGAGGGCAGACAUUAAAUGUGAUGGAACUUCAAUGACAGGAAAUUUAGCACGACUUCUGACAGUAGCAUGGUUUACUUUUCCCUUGGGAAUACUUUUUACCGUUGCUGGUUCUGCAUUUGUUCUCUGGUGGCAGAGCUUGAGUUACCACAGUUCAUAUGCACAAGCCAUCUUGAUUAAUGGUUUUGCAUGUGUCCUGGAGCUACUAGCUGAACCCUUUUAUAUCUUGUCUCAGAAUUUGCUCCUCCUCAAACUGCGGCUAGUAAUAGAAUCUCUGGCUACCCUUAUGCGGUGUUUAACAACAUACUUUCUCAUUGUGAAGGAAAUUGACAUGGAGAGAGUUAUUGUCUUCGCGUUGUCACAAACUGCUUAUGGAGCUUCUAUAUUUGUUGGUUAUUGGGGUUACUUUCUUCUGAAUCAAGCAUAUAAAGUAUCAGAUCUUUUUCCAUUCAGUGUAGGAAACUUGAUGAAUCACGAUCAGCAGCUCGCAUAUAUGUGUAGGUUGUUCACCUUUCAGUCCAUUAGGAAGUUGAUUCUUCAAGAAGGAGAAAAGGUGGUCCUCGUUUGGUUUGACACUCCAUUUAAUCAGGCUGUAUAUGGCCUCGUGGAAAAACUAGGGAGUUUAGUGGUGAGAUUAGUUUUUCUGCCAUUUGAGGAGAGUUCUUUUGCUACCUUUGCAAGGUUCGCAUCAGGUGAAUCUGCAGAGAACAAGAGAAAGUUGGGAAGUUGUUUAACAGAUGCUUUGAAACUUGUUUUACUCAUAGGACUCGUAGUUGUAGCAUUUGGACCGAGCUAUUCUUACUCUCUCAUCAGAAUAUUGUAUGGUCAAAAAUGGAGUGACGGAGAAGCUUCGACAGCUCUUAAAUAUUACGCACUCUAUGUUGUUGUUUUGGCUAUGAAUGGAACAUCUGAAGCAUUUCUGCAUGCAGUUGCGACAGAGAAAGCACUCAGACGGUGGAAUGAUUCUCUUCUUUAUUUCUCCUUGAUUUAUGUAGUGUUGAACAUAUGUCUGAUACGAUCAAUUGGUGCAGUCGGGCUGAUUCUUGCAAAUAUAAUAAAUAUGAUAUUCAGGAUUAUUUACUCGGCAAUAUUCAUCAGGAAUUAUUUCGAGGGUUCAUCAUUUUCUUUCCGAGGAUGCUUGCCCUCGGGCUGGUCCUUUUUGCUUCUUUCAAGUGUAGUUACACAGAUCUCAGAAAGGGUGUUCUUGGACCCUAGUAAUUUCUGGAAGACAUUUUGUGUUCAUGUCUGUGUGGGAAUUUCCUGUCUCUCCACUGCUGCCAUUUUCAUUUAUCGUGGUGAGAGGCUUUUCAUCAACAAAAUGAUACGUUCCCGGGCGCAUGCCGAUUGAAUGCACAUAUGGUCUAUGUUUCUUGAGUUAGGGGCAUUCCAAAGGUGUUGGAUCUAUGGUCGUGCAGAAAAUGUAUUGGUAAUGACGCCUGGCCUCUUGAUCAUAUCAAACCCCACCUUCAAGGAUACAAUUUGCAGCUCAGCAAACAUUAAUUUCUCUAGAUUUAGUAAGUUACAGAAGAGAAACCUGUAAAAAUUUUAGUUCUGUUUAACAUUUAGUUCCUGCUAUAAUGAUAUUAAUAAUAUUUACAAUGAAAGUAUAAUGCAGUUCUUUUGGUGCUUCAUUCUAUAACUACUGCUGAGUUGCAACUUGUAGCAAGUUUUUUCCCCGAGGAGAUUUUGAUGUUCUUUGGAGGUUCUGCG